CUGGUAGCAGUUACUCUCUCAGUCAUACAUUAUACGCACACAAUUCCAAUUACGCUCAGGCAACUCCUCGAACAUAGAAUUAGUUGAUCUUGAAUCCGAACAUGAACAUGAAAACCAAUCCUAGUCAUCGAUGUGAUUCAGACCCAGUUCAACAAUUCGAUCGGGAUCUGCACAUAGAGUUCCUCCAGAUGAUGUACCACAUAUUGCCGUCUCCUUACGAGGAUCAAGAGAUCAAUCGCCUCACUCUCGCCUACUUCACCAUCUCCGGCCUCAGUAUGCUUGGUGCCCUCGACCGUGUUGACAAGAAAUGUGUAGCUAGUUGGGUUUUAUCCUUUCAAAAUCAUCCAAGAAAUGAAGCAGAGUUGACAAAUGGACAAUUCUAUGGAUUCAACGGUUCUAGAAGUUCUCAAUUUCAAUCGGCAGAGACUUCUGUGGAAAAUCUCAAUUGCAGUCAUUUGGCAAGUACAUAUUGUGCCAUAGCCAUACUGAAGAUCAUUGAUUAUGACUUGUCAAGUUUGGAUUGUCGAUCGAUAAUCAGAUCAAUGAAAAGCCUUCAGCAGCCUGAUGGAUGUUUUAUGCCCAUCCAUUCUGGAGCUGAGAAGGAUCUCAGGUUUGUUUACUGUGCCGCUUCUAUAUGCUCUAUGUUGGAAGACUGGAAUGGUAUGGAUAUAGAGAAAGCUAAGAACUACAUUGUGGAUUGCCAGUCAUAUGAUGGUGGAUUUGGUCUUAUCCCUGGAUUAGAAUCUCAUGGUGGGGCAACAUACUGUGCUGUUGCAUCACUCCAUUUAAUGGGAUUCAUUAAAGAUGACAUACUUUUAAAUGAUCCAAGUUCUUGUGUCAUAAAUGUGCAAUUACUUCUGGAUUGGAGCCUGCAGAGACAGGCAAAUGAUGGUGGAUUUCAAGGCCGAAUCAACAAACCAAGUGACACAUGUUACGCCUUCUGGAUUGGAGGAGUUCUAAGGAUGUUAGGAAGCCACAGAUUCAUUAAUAAAAAAGCAUUGAAACAAUUUUUACUAACUUGCCAGUCCAAGUAUGGUGGAUUCAGUAAAUUCCCAGGGAAAUUUCCAGAUCUGUAUCAUUCCUAUUAUGGGUUAUGUGCAAUUGGCAUGUUGGAAGAAGCAGAGGUAUAUCCAAUCAAAGUUGAAUUGGGCAUACCCUAAAACAAGACUGAAA